AUGAGUCAGAUACCAGGAAAGGAGUUAACUGGAACAACUGCUGGACGGCAAGAUCUGGCUCCUUGUACAACCUGUGGAAGACGUUUUGCACAAGAUGUUCUGCUGAGACAUGAUCCGAUAUGCAAGAAGGUCUUCAACAAGAAGCGCAAACCCUUCAGCUCUUUGAAACAGAGACUGCGGGGAACAGAAAUCACCACUGUGAAGAAGCAGUCCCCGCAAAAGAAACAGCCAGAGAAGAAAUCUAACUGGAAGCAGCACCAUGAGGAUUUUAUUAAUGCUAUUCAAUCAGCCAAGAAGGUCACAAAAGCUCUGAAGGAGGGCCGCCCUCUUCCACCUCCUCCCCCACCAAGCAUCAAUCCAGACUAUAUUCAGUGUCCACACUGCUCACGAAGAUUUAAUGAGGCUGCAGCACAGAGGCACAUAAAGUUUUGUGAAGAACAAGCUGCCCACCGUGCCUUCGCUGCAAAGACCACCAGACAGGCUUUGGGCAAGCAACCAGUGACUCAGAGAAAACCCCCAACCUUAACAACUGCUGUGUUAUCACUUCAGAAGAGAGUACAAGAAGGUGCCAAUAAAGACAGACCUAGGCCAGAGAACUCUCCAGGAACGCUGCAGAAAGCCAGAAAACCUUUGGGUGUAUCUCCUGGAAAAAAAUCUUCAGGAGAGUUUGGGUGCUAUGCCAUGGUCUAUCCUACUUCCCCCACGCCACCUCUCUGCUCUUGCCGCCUCCUCUCCCAUUUGGAGGAGGAAUGGGCUAUUCCAGAGAGGAGGGAGCACUGGCUGCUGGUGGGGCUGCCUUCCUCCUCCACCAUACCCACAGCAUGUGCCAGGCCACCUCUCCCCACUCUGGUGCUGUCACAGCCCUGCAUGAGCGAAAGACAGCACCACCAGAGAUGUCCGCCACCUCUUGCUACCUUCUCCACCGUCACUGGCUGA